GGACUAUUAAAAAAAAAAGUCAUGGCGUGCGGAAUAUCCAAGAUAAAUAGCGAGCAUAUGUCAUUGGAAAUGAAGUUGAAGAAGGAAACUAAACUAGCUUAGCUUACUAAGAAGAGUGAUACUAUAGCUUGGUACUAAUUAAUUAAUACUGCAUUCUUCUUCCAUUUUAUAUAUUUGUUACCAUCAACAUGGUAAGAGCUCCUUGUUGUGAAAAGAUGGGAUUGAAAAGAGGUCCUUGGUCUCUUGACGAAGAUCAAAUCCUUACUUCUUACAUCCAAAAACACGGCCAUGGCAACUGGCGCGCCCUCCCUAAACUUGCAGGCUUGUUAAGGUGUGGAAAGAGCUGUAGACUUAGAUGGAUUAACUAUUUGAAACCUGAUAUCAAGAGAGGAAAUUUCACAAAUGAAGAAGAGGAAACUAUCAUUAAGCUUCACGAAAAGUUAGGGAACAGGUGGUCAGCAAUUGCGGCAAAAUUACCAGGAAGAACGGACAAUGAAAUAAAAAAUGUGUGGCACACACAUUUGAAGAAGAAAUUAACAAAAACCAAUUCAGAAACCAAAAGGGUCACAAAAAAACCAAAAAUCAAACGUUCUGAUUCAAAUUCAAGCACAAUAACUCAAUCAGAACAAGCAAGUCUUAGUUUUCAUGAAAUAGAGACAUCAUCAUCAGCAUCAGCAUCUGCAUCUGCAUGCACUAGUUCAAGUGAUUUUUCAUCUGUCACAGUUGGUGAAAGCAAAAAUACAAAAAGUGAAGACAUAGAAUCAAUGGAAACCAUAUCACCAAUAAUUGAUGAGAGUUUUUGGUCAGAAGCAGCAGCAUUGGAUGAAACGUCCACUGAUAUGUCAUCAAAAAAUUCUUUGACAGUUUCAAAUGAGAUAUUGCCAUUGCAAUACUCUUCUAACUAUGAUGAAAUUUUCCAACAGAGUCAUGAUUAUAAUUCUAACUUUGAUGAUGGCAUGGAUUUUUGGUAUGACAUAUUCAUCAGGACUGGGGAUCAAAUAGAAUUGCCAGAGUUCUGAAUUUUUCAAAUAACAUAAAUAACUUCAAACAUUUUUUUUUCUACGAGCUCAAACAUCGACAAUUUUAAACUAUUCAAUGAAGAGAUUUUCAUAUCGACAAUGAGAUUCUACUUUACAUUCAUAUAUGAUAUAUGAUAUGAUGAUAUGAGUUGCAUCUUUAUCAAUUGGACCGUGUUUCAUUGGUACAUGGUAACUUCAAUUUGAAAGUACAAGGAAAGAAAGGGUAUAUUAAUUUCAAAUGUGAGGAUUUCAUUGUCUCUUAGGAGCUACAGAGUAUGGAGCUAAUGAUAUGUAAAAGAAGGAAGUACUCCAAGUGAAACAUUGAUUUUUUUUUUUAAUAAUGUAUAUUAUGCUAAACAACAAGUCUCUUAACAUUUUUCUUUUUUACAACUUAUUGUUUAAUUAGGUUUUUAGGUUGUAGAGUUUUAUUGUAAUAAUACCAAAUGAUGUACUAAAUUUAGUAUGUGAAAGUAUUCAGAAUUUUGAUAUUUGCCCUUA